UACGGUUUCAGUUCGUAUUCGCCGCUCAACGUAAAAUGUUGUGAGGCAUUUUAACCCCAACAAAAUAUCGCUGUAUUUCUACCGAUUCCCCGAUUCUGGUCAUGGUUUUUCUUCUCAAACUAUUGGCCCUUUUGGCUGUGGUCGCCAUUUCUAUUCAUAUGACCCUUGCACUGGAGUUCAUGGAUGAAGGAAACGAUGAGGGUCAUCAUUUUGAUGAGGAAUCCUCUGCAGAGGUGCCUGGUGUUUUAACAGGUUAUACCAGAGAUACGAUCGCACAUUUCAAUCCCCGAAAAGCCGAUGUUGGAUUUCGACAAUUAUGGGAACGUGUUCCCCUUGAAAAAGUCGAUGUGAUUAAGAGGAGAUAGGGAAACUUACUCAUAGCUACGAUUACUCACUCAAAGUCAUGACCAAAUAAAGGAAAACUUAACACUUGACGUAAAUAUUUCAUAUUUAUUAUAUUUCAUAUUUAUUAUCUACGAUAUGAAUUUUUGUAAUAAAGUGUAGAAUGUUGUAACUAAUCAAACAUACUUAGGGUGUAGAAAAAUCCUAAAAAUAGAGGUUAGACACUUUGAUGUAUUGAUAUAGAUAAAUGAUGAAAUAAAGGCAAUAUUAAAUAAAUA